AUGACGGGGAUAUCUAUCGCUGUGAUAUCUCUCCAGGCUCUUCAUACUCCAUCGACAUCCUCUUUAGCAAAAAGGGCGGAUGAAAACCGUAAUGGGCUUUACAACGUUUUGUGGGGAUGGAGCUUCUGCGACGGCUGUAGAUAUACCGGAAUCUGCACCCUCGUGACAUGUCCUGGCAAUCGAAUGCCUUCUCUGGAAAGAUACUUCGGACAUUAUAAAGAGCUCGUUUGCUCAUAUAGCCAUGAUCUCGAAAAUCAUAGAAUGGACGCUGUCGUUAGCUCUCACGAAGAGAUAUUCCAUCUUAUCAGGGUUUUAAAGGAAACCCCAAAUAUUACUCGAGGUGCACUUGCGAAACAGGUUUUUGGGAACGCCAAUAAUAUGGGAAUAGAAUCCGAGCAAGAGCAUGUUAUCGGAUUAGCUGUCAAAGCUCUUACAAUGGUAUAUUCCACCCAUUGGCUUAAUCAGAAUGCAGAACAUGAUAACGGAGACUUGGUAUCGCCUAACUGGCUAAAGGAUACCCCUUUCCAUGCUUUUCUUGAGGGUUUAUUUCCAAUGAUAGACCAUCCUGGAUUUGGUGAAGACGCUUCCGCUUCAUUCUGGGAGAUGAAAAGUAGUAUUACUGGAAGUAAACUCAUUCGGAAAGGAGGGUUGUCGUUUUCACCUACGGAAGACCUCAGCAAUCAUCUUAAACUUAAUAGGAAGACUGGUGUGAUAGAGAUAUUUCACCACACGGCUUUCCUGAAAGAGAACCUCAGAAUCACAAGAUGCAUGGAAGGGCCAAUGGGUGUAGAGGGAAGCCUUCGUUUAGGCGCACUACCUCGCCAGCUUGCUCUUGAAGCUCUCGACUCAAUCCAAAAAAUUAUAUUCCCACUUUCUGAUCCAUCGGCCGUCACUUUACUCCAAAGGCUUGUUAUCGAGAAGGGAUUCGACGAAGACUGCCUUCGAUUUGAGGCAUCUGCCAUACGAGAACCGCAUGAAACUAACACUCGGUAUCUCUACUUCGGCGCUAGACUCGCCGACAUAUAUGACGAAUUGGAAAAUCCAACCCCUCGAGGGCUAAUAUCCCGCUGGGCCAAACGCAAGGGUGCCGGACACGCCAAUAUUGCGACGAUUAUUGCCGUUAUCAUUGCACUCAUUUUUGGACUUGUGACAUUGGGGCUAGGCGGCUUUCAAGCAUGGAUUUCCUGGCAGCAGUGGAAGCAUCCGAUCGAAGGUCCGCCAUAG